AAAUUACAUAAAAUUAUAAUUAUACAAAUAAUAAAUUUUGAAUUGCGGUUUUUUAUUAUGCCAACCAUAAAAUUAAAGAAAUGGGGAAAGUAUAUUCUUAUUUCACCCGACCAAUUCGUUCAUUUAACAUCGAAAAUCGAGCACACAGAGUAAUUUCGAAAGAGAAACCUGUUCCUGCACCACAAUAUCCCUCAGUAACUAAACAAAAAGAACUUGUAGACAAAUUAUAUCCAAAUUAUAUGGAGAUUCAUUACAAGAAAAAUAAACAAUUAGAUGAGCAUUUAAAGAAUGUUUAUGUUACAUCAAAUGAUUCUGUGAGAGAACCUGAAGGGGAAGCAGUUUCCACAAAACCACUGCCACAAGACAGAAAGCAUCCUCCUGAGUUGCAGUUCGGUUUUUAUCAGUCGGAUAUAAUUCCAGAGGGUAAAUGUACCCUGAAGCAAGCUUUGACUUUUAUUGGAAAGCAUAAUGAAAAUUCGAGUGAAUAUACUGCGGAAAUAAUAGCUAUUGAAUACAAAUUAGAUAAACAGGUAGUAGUAAAUAUUUUAAAACAUUUUAAAAUUCCUCAUGUUCGGGAUGUACAACAACCAGACAUUGUGGGGGAUUUAGCAAAAAUAUAA